CUCAGUUUCUAAACGGGCCUGAAGCCGCGCGGUCUGAGUCAGCUUUUUUUCUGGCUAAUAGCUUGCUGAGUUCUUGUUAGAUGGCUGCCGCUGCUGUUGCCACUCCGGGGGCCACGGUGCUCCCCCCAUCAGGACCGGCUGCUCCGGCAGGACCCAAGGCCCCAGCCGCCGGGGCAGGAGCUGCCGCCGGUGGAGCAGCCGGGGGCAAGGGACCGCUAAACCUACUGGACAUCACGGGCGAGGCCAAUAUCGUCAACUACAUGAAGAACCGUCUGAGGAAGGGCGCCAUGAAGCGAAAGGGCUUGGAGAUGGUGAACGGCCAUCGCUUCGGAGUGAGAUUCUUUAAGCAGCCAACCUACUGUGGUCACUGCAAGGACUUUAUCUGGGGUUUUGGCAAGCAAGGCUAUCAAUGCGAGGAGUGCCGCUUCAACAUCCAUCAAAAGUGCUGCAAGUUCGUAGUGUUCAAGUGUCCUGGCAAGGACACCGAUUUCGAUGCCGACUGCGCCAAGGUCAAGCAUGGUUGGAUCUCCACCACCUACACCACGCCCACCUUCUGCGAUGAGUGUGGUUUGCUGCUCCAUGGAGUGGCCCAUCAAGGAGUCAAGUGCGAAAAUUGCAACCUGAAUGUGCACCAGUCGUGCCAGGAGAUGGUGCCACCCAUGUGUGGUGCCGACAUCAGCGAGGUGAGGGGUAAACUGCUGCUCUACGUGGAGCUCAAGGGCAACAAUCUGAAGGUGGAUAUUAAGGAGGCUGCUAAUCUGAUUCCCAUGGAUACUAAUGGCUUCAGCGAUCCCUAUAUUGCUGUGCAAAUGCAUCCUGAUCGAUCAGGACGAACCAAAAAGAAGACCAAGACCAUCCAGAAGAACCUGAAUCCUGUCUUUAAUGAGACCAUUACUUUUGAACUCCAACCGCAGGAUCGUGAGAAACGUCUUCUAAUCGAAGUCUGGGAUUGGGAUCGUACUUCUCGCAACGAUUUCAUGGGCUCCUUCUCGUUUAGCAUGGAGGAACUUCAAAAGGAACCCAUCGAUGGAUGGUACAAGUUUCUUUCCCAAGUCGAGGGAGAGCACUAUAACAUUCCCUGUGUGGAUGCAAUAAAUGACAUGGCCCGUCUGCGCGAUGAAGUCAAGCACGAUCGUCGUCCUAAUGAUAAACGUCGCAUGGACAACAAGGACAUGCCGCAUAAUAUGAGCAAACGGGAUAUGAUUCGAGCUGCUGACUUUAAUUUUGUCAAGACCAUUGGCAAAGGAUCCUUUGGAAAGGUCCUUCUGGCAGAACGUCGUGGUACCGAUGAAUUGUAUGCCGUCAAGGUCUUACGCAAGGAUGUCAUCAUCCAGACGGAUGACAUGGAGUUGCCCAUGAAUGAGAAAAGGAUAUUGGCUUUGUCAGGACGUCCUCCUUUCCUUGUCUCCAUGCAUUCCUGUUUCCAGACUAUGGAUCGAUUGUUUUUCGUUAUGGAGUAUUGCAAAGGUGGAGAUCUUAUGUACCAUAUGCAGCAAUAUGGUAGAUUUAAGGAGUCUGUGGCUACGUUCUAUGCCGUGGAGAUAGCCAUUGCUCUAUUUUUCCUUCAUGAGAGGGACAUUAUCUACAGGGACUUGAAGCUGGAUAAUAUUUUACUGGAUGGUGAGGGACAUGUUAAGCUGGUGGACUUUGGGUUAAGUAAGGAAGGUGUGAGUGAUCGUCAGGGAACUCGUACUUUCUGUGGAACUCCUAACUACAUGGCUCCAGAGAUUGUUAGCUAUGAUCCCUAUUCCACCACCGUUGAUUGGUGGUCUUAUGGCGUUUUACUUUAUGAGUUCAUGGCCGGACAGGCUCCUUUUGAAGGCGAUGAUGAGACCACCGUGUUUCGGAAUAUCAAGGAAAAAAAGGCCGUGUUUCCCAAGCACUUUAGUCAAGAGGCAAUGGAUAUAAUAACAAGCUUUCUGGCCAAAAAGCCCAACAAUCGCUUGGGCGCAGGACGUUAUGCCAGACAGGAAAUAACCACACAUCCUUUCUUCCGGAAUAUUGAUUGGGAUAAAGCAGAGGCCUGUGAAAUGGAUCCGCCCAUUAAGCCAAAGAUAAAACAUCGCAAGGACAUUAGCAACUUUGAUGAGGUCUUCACCAAAGAAAAGACGGAUCUGACUCCCACAGACAAGCUUUUCAUGAUGAAUCUGGACCAGAACGAUUUCAUUGGGUUCUCCUUUAUGAAUCCCGAGUUUAUUACCAUUAUUUAGAUCUGGUCUAAACAAGCUUUGGAGAAAGUUAACAAAAAGCUUUUGGUUUAAAAAGAAAUUGUAAGGAGCUUAUGUUAUGAUGUCCUGAUAAACUUGUUGUUAAAGCUU